AUGGGAUCCGGGCCAAGUGCAGACGCUACACAAACUAAAGGAACUGAUAAACACCGCCGCAAUCAUCGCAGAUCUAUGGCUGCACAUGGAGAUCAUCGCAGAUCUAUGGCUGCACAUGGAGAUCAUCGGCGUCGAACAAGAUCAGAUAAUGAUAGAAAACCUAUAUGGCCUAAGAUUUGUGAACAUUUGUCAUUUCUGAAAGCAAAAUGCGACAGUCGUGAGGUUAAAUUUAAACAUCUGAAAACAGUGAUUGAAGACUGUAAUGAACGUAGCUUUGAUCUGGAAUGUUUACAGCGAUUGAUAGAUCCAAUCUAUUCUAAAAAUGAAUAUCGUAAUUUUAUGUAUGUCACUCUCCCUAAAAUGUGUGAUCUUUUAUUAAACAUCAAAUCAGUUUGUACUCAGCCACUACCCUUAUUACGUAUCAACGAAAAUCGUUCAGUGUCGAUGCAACAACAGCAAGCUGCUGCACUGCUAGCAUGUGCAUUUUUCUGUCUAUUUCCAAAUCGUAGUGGUCGAACGCUUAGAACAGAAUAUGAAGAUUAUCAAAAUCCUAAUUUUGAAGCAUUAUACCAAAGAGGCCCUCCAAGUAAAAUAGAGAAACUGAAAUGCAUUUUACAUUAUUUCAAUCGUGUGACUGAUCAUAUGCCCACGGGUGUCAUUACCUUUCAACGGGUUGUUUUGCCCAAAUCCGAGUAUCCACAAUGGCCUGAGUUAAAAACAGAUCUAUGUGAUUUACAUUUGACAACAGGUGACAAAAUCGAAGAUAUCCCGAGUGUUUUACAAGUCGAUUUUGCUAACAAAUAUAUUGGAGGCGGUGUUUUAGGUAGUGGAUGUGUACAAGAAGAAAUUCGUUUUACUAUCUGCCCUGAAAUGCUUGUUAGUUUACUUAUUUGCGAAGUGAUGGAGUGCAACGAAUGUAUCUUACUUAUUGGUUGUGAACGCUAUUCAUCGUACAAAGGCUAUGCUCAUUCGUUUCAAUUUGCUGGAAACUAUACAGAUAAAGCACCUAGGUAUUGCACUUUAAAUCCAACGAAUCAACUCCUAGCUGACUUGAUUUCUUAUCUCUAUCAAGCUAUACUUUGUUUUAGAGACAGUUGGGAUCGAUUAUGGUGUCAUGUAGUAGCUAUGGAUGCGAUCUAUUUUCAAAAUCCAUCAACUCAAUAUCAUAUGAAAUCUAUUGAGCGUGAACUACUCAAAGCUUACACAAGUUUUCGUCCCUUAGGACAUGAUGCCGAUUCUAAGUUUGGUAUUGCAACUGGAAAUUGGGGAUGUGGAGCAUUUAAUGGCGAUAGACAAUUGAAAGCAAUUAUUCAAUUGAUAGCUGCUUCUGAAGCUAGACGUCCACUUGUAUACGCAGCCUUUGGAGAUAGAAAAUUAGUCACAUCAUUUUCUGCACUUUAUGAGCAUCUGAAAAAGGAAAGAGCAACAGUGAGUGAUUUAUAUUAUUAUUUGAUGGGAUACUGUCGUGACCAACCUGAACAAUCAUUAUUUGACUACAUUCUUAUGCCACCUGCUUCUCGUUUUCAAAAAAAAUAG